CAGCUGAGAGCCAAGGAAUACCGCAAAGUCACACCACACAACAAACCUCACACAAGAUUUAUUGGGAGGAAAAAAAAAAAAGGAUGUACGAUGUUUUACUCUUGCUCUUUGCUCUUUUGGGGACCUGCUGUCCAGCUUCAAGUAAACCCACACGGAGGCUUUUCCUUCCUUGUGAAUGCCUGGCCUUGGCUUGUUUUGUGCCAGCUUUUCUUAAAUUAUCCCAUCUACCUUUUGCCUCUGGGCUUUUUUCUUUUCUUACUUUCACUCUUACCCCAUGGCUGGUUGGGUGGGUGGCUGGCUGGCCCGCCCCUGGAGUACUCCCCUUGUUCUCUCCUUGCUCCUCUUCUUCCUCGGUUUUCCUUCUAUUUAUACCCUCUGCCUGCUGGCCUCUCCUAUCCUUGCUCCUGCUUCGCUUUUGGCCAUUCAGCUCUUUAUUAGACCAUCAGGUGUUUUAGACAGGCAAAGAAUCACAGCUUCACAGAGUUAAACAAAUGCAGCAUAAACAAAAGCAACACACCUUAAAAUAAUAUUCCCCAGCACCAAGAGGGCGGCUGCCUCUGUUGGAGCGAGAAACAGCAGCAAACUGAACAGGACAUAGGGCUUAUAUAGAGCUUCUUGGGAAGAGAGUGGAACUUUCCAGGAUGGAGACUGGUGGAAAUUCAUGUCCGGAGAUUGAGCUUUUUACUCUGUAGGGUGGAGCAGGGUCCAGCAGUUAGGGUACUUAGAGUAUUCCGUGGGUGGAACCUGGCAGAGCUCCUCGGGAUAGUGGCCUGGCCACUCCUGUGGCUCAAGGGGCUUACACCGUGGGCACCUGCACACACGUGUGCUUGUGCACAGACACAAACAUAAUUUAAAAAUAAACUUAGGAGGGGGGUGGGACAAAAACUGAAGCUGGGAGGUAGGAGAAGGGGUGAAAGAUAGGUCCUUCAGAGCUGGUAAGUGCUGUGGUCUAGCAUUUUGGGUGCCAGAGGUAGGCACAGGGCCAUCCGGAGGAAAAGAUGUUAGGUGUGCAUGUUUAGGACUCCUGGCUGCUGGACUGAAUCUAGGGACACAGGCCUUUGAUUUCAGCACAAAGAGACUGAGCAGAGGCGGAUCUCUAGGGCUUGGAGACCAAUUUAAUAUGCAUAGGGAGUUCCAAGCCAGCCUGGAUCACAAAGUAAGACCCUUUCUCCGAAAAAAUAAAAGACAGCUUCCGGGGAGAGUCUAGAGUGCAGUUACGUCGGUCUCAUGAGAGACCGCUAUAGUUACCCCAUGAGAGGCUCAGACAGUGAGGCUGCAGGAACAGUAAGGACCCAAGUUAUCCAUAAUUGCUCCCGCCCUGGAGAGGUGUGGCCAGUCUCCGGCUGCUUAUUGGCAGGGAGGUGGGCGUGGCAAGCGAGGCAUCAGAAGGACUCUACGCAGGCGCCAAGCUCACUCGUUUCCAUGGCGACGAAAUCGACGCGCCUCAACGGCUUAGCAACUGUUCUGUGCCAGACUUUGGUCCCGCCACUGAAGUCUGUCAGUUUCCCCUAUUCCGACUCCUGCAUUACAACCGCCCAAAAGCCAAACUAAUCCUGGUCCCCCCCCCGACAUGGGCGACCUAGAGCUGCUGCUGCCUGGGGAGGCUGAAGUGUUGGUGCGGCGCCUGUGCAGCUUCCAGCUAAGGGAGAUGGGAUCCGAAGGGUGGAACCAGCAGCAUGAGAACCUGGAGAAGCUGAACAUGCAAGCCAUCCUUGAUGCCACUGUCAGCCAGGGGGAGCCCAUCCAGGAACUGCUGGUCACCCAUGGGAAGAUCCCCACACUGGUAGAAGAGCUGAUCGCGGUGGAGGUGUGGAAACAGAAGGUGUUCCCGGUGCUGUGCAGGCUAGAGGACUUCAAGCCCCAGAAUACCUUCCCCAUAUACAUGGUGGUACACCAUGAGGCCUCCAUCAUCAAUCUUCUAGAAACAGUGUUCUUCCAUAAGGAGGUGUGUGAGUCAGCAGAUGACAGGAUACUGGACUUAGUGGACUAUUGCCACCGCAAGCUGACACUGCUGGUGGCCCGGACUGGCUGUGGUGACCCAUCUGAGGAAGAACGGUCCCAGGAUAAUACCCCUAUGCAAGAGCUGCAGAAACAGGCGGAGACGAUGGAGUUUGAGAUCUCACUGAAAGCGCUCUCGGUGCUUCGCUACAUCACAGACUGUGUGGACAGCCUUUCCCUGAGUACCUUGAACCGCAUGCUCAGUACACACAACUUGCCCUGCCUCCUGGUGGAGCUACUGGAGCACAGCCCCUGGAGACGGCGGGAAGGAGGCAAGCUGCAGCAGUUUGAGAAUGGCCGCUGGCAGACAGUGGCCCCCUCAGAGCAGCAGAGACUAAAUAAGCUGGACGGGCAGGUGUGGAUCGCCCUGUACAAUCUGCUGCUCAGCCCUGAGGCCCGAGCCCGAUACUGCCUUACCAGCUUCGCCAAGGGGCAGCUGCUUAAGCUUCAGGCCUUCCUCACGGAUAUACUACUGGACCAGCUGCCCAACCUUGCUGACCUGAAGGCUUUCCUGGCUCACCUGGCCCUGGCUGAAACCCAGCCCCCUAAGAAAGACCUGGUGUUGGAACAGAUCCCAGAAAUCUGGGACCGGCUGGAGCGAGAGAACAAAGGCAAAUGGCAGGCCAUUGCCAAGCACCAGCUGCAGCAUGUCUUCAGCCCCUCAGACCGGGAUCUGCGCCAGCAGGCACAGAGGUGGGCUGGAACCUACAGGCUGGACGUCCUAGAGGCCAUAGCCCCAGAGAAGCCCCGCUGUGCUUACUGCAACGCGGAGGCCUCCAAGCGCUGCUCCAGAUGCCAGAGUGUGUGGUAUUGCUGCAGGGAGUGCCAAGUCAAACACUGGGAGAAGCACGGAAAGACGUGUGUUCUAGCAGCCCAAGGUGACAGGGCCAAGUGAAGGCUGCAGGUUCUGAGGGCCGACGGAAGAGCUCACCCAGAAUGUGACUCUGAGCCUCAG